AUGAAGGCUGCACAGUACAGACUGGAGAAGGCCAUAAGAGCGGCCAAGAGACAGCACAGAGAGAAGACGGAGGACUUCUACUCUAACACUGACCCCAGGAGAAUGUGGCGAUGUCUGGAUCACUUCACAGACUUCAGGACCAGCUCCAGAAACACCACCAUCAGCUCAUUGGACAGCCUGCCAGACGACCUCAACGCCUUCUACACCCGCUUUGAGAGCCCCACCCCCACCACCUCUACAGAAUACAGACACGCCCCGGCCACUCAACGCCCCCCCCCCCCACCAGUCGUCACAUCAGCCCAGGUACACAAAGCCGUGAGGAGUGUCCACCCCCAGAAGGCUGCCGGGCCAGACAAUGUACCAGGACACGCCCUCAGAGUAUGUGCUAACAAGCUGGCUGAUGUUCUCACAUCCAUCUUCAACCUUUCCCUCAGGCAAUGCAUCAUCCUGAGAUGCUACAAGACCACCACUCCCUCCCCAAAAAGAACCCCAUCCUGUCUGAAUGAUUUCCGGCCAGUAGCUCUCACUUCAAUCAUUAUGAAGUGCUUCGAGAGAGUGAUACUGUCCCACAUUCAUAACAGCAUCCCGGACACCACCGACCCACUGCAGUACACCUACAGGCACAACCGGUCUACGUCAGACACCAUUGCCACCGCCCUUCACAUCUCCCUCUCUCAUCUGGAAAAUAAAGACUCCUACAUUAGGAUGCUCUUUAUCGACUACAGCUCCACCUUCAACAUGGUCGCCCCCCACAAACUCACCCACAAACUGUUAGCCCUCGGACUUCACCCCUCCCUCUGUGACUGGCUUCUCAACUUCCUGACUGGCAGGCCACAGUCUGUCAGGAUCGGGAGAAGGACGUCAGCCACCAUCACUACCAACAUGGGGACCCCACAGGGCUGUGUCCUGAGCCCCAUUCUCUACACCCUGUUCACCCACGACUGUGUCGCUUCCCACCCCAACAACACCAUCAUCAAGUUAGCCGACAACAACGCAGUGAUAGGACACAUCACUGGCGGAGACGAGGCGGCCUACAGGAGGGAGGUGGACAGUCUUGAGGUGGAGAGGGUGAGGAACUUCAAGUACCUGGGGGUCCACAUCAGCGAUGACCUCAGCUGGAUAUUCAACACCACACAGGUGGUGAAGAAGGCUCAGCAGCAGCUGUAUUGCCUGAGGAGGCUGAGGAAAUCUGGGACGGCACCCAAGAUCCUCAGCAACUUCUACAGCUGCAUCAUCGAGUUAGUCCUGACCACUUGCAUCACUGUGUGGUACGGCAGCUCUACUGUGUGGGAGAGCAAACGCCUGCAGAGAGGGGACUCCACCGAUUACGAGCUGCUGAAGCAUCAGCUGGCUGAUACUGACAUUAAGGAUGCUCAGAUCAUCAGCUGGCUGCAGGAGUUUCGGAGUUGUGUGACCCAGUUAAAUAAGGACCACGAGCAGCUGAUCCAGGCGGUUUUGAGGCUUCCCUGGGUGGGACGGAGCCCGGCUGUAGUGGAGGAGUACUUGGCCUUCCUCGGUAACCUGGUCUCAGCACAGACGGUAUUCCUGUGCACCUGUCUAAAGAUGGUGGUCUCUCAUUUCAUUCCCAAGAGAGUGACCGUCUCUGAGGGAGGAGUCAAUAUCUCAGAUUCUGAUGAUGAGGAUGACAAUCUCUCCAGAAACUUUGACCGGUGCCACCAGGCUUUGCAGGUCAUCAACAGAUACGUUCCUUCUACAGGAUACUUUCUGGUGCCUGUUCUCAGAGACAACUUCCCCUUUGUGCAGAAGUCCCCCAGAACUUUGGAGUGUUACGUGCACAAUCUCUUCAGAGUGACAGUGUACAUCCCGUCCAUUCAGCGAGACGUACUGGAGGUCGUUAUGGCAAAGCUGCUCAAACUGGACGUGAGUGCACCGCGGUCAGACAUCGAGGUGAGUGAGGGAAAUGCCAUGCCGCAGACGGAGGAUGGUCUAUUUGAAAUGGUAAGAAACAUUUUCCACCUUAACGGUGUGCUGCAUGUGGAAAGAACUAAGGAGUUGUACUGGAAUUUGUUGAGUGUGUUUGACAAACUCAUUCUUCCAACUCAUGAUUGCUGCCACGUCCAGUACUCGCUGUUUUACCUCUGCAGUCUUCGACUGGCCCUGGCUGAAGCCUUUCUAGACCACCUGUGGAAAAUCCUGCAGAGCCCCGCCCAGCCAGCCGUCCUCCGCCAGGCUGCUGCUGGAUACUUCGGAAGCUUCCUCGCCCGAGCCAAAUUCAUCCCCGUGCCGACGGUGCGGGCCUGUCUGGACUUACUGAUCCACUGGAUCCAUGCUUACCUGGACAGCCAGGAUGUGAGCGGCAAACAGGCCUGCUGUGACAUCAGCCUGCAUGGACCGUUCUACGCCACCUGUCAGGCCGCCUUCUACACACUCAUCUUCAGACACAGAGCCAUCCUCCAAGCCGACAUGAAGACAGGUCUGGAGUAUCUGCGGAGUCUGAACCUGGAGCGAGUGGUGAUGAGCCAGCUGAACCCUCUCAAAGUUUGCCUGCCAUCUGUCACCAGCAUGUUUGCUGCCAUCACCAGGAAGUAUCAGGUGGUGUUCUGUUACACAGUGAUAGAGAGGAAUAAGAGCCACGUACUUCCAGUGUUGCGCACAUCUGCAGGAGGUGAACGUGUGACCACCAACACCAACCCUCUGGACAGCUUCUUCCCAUUUGACCCCUACCUGCUUACAAGGACUGCUCACAUGAUUGCACCUCUGUACCAGGUUUGGGAGGAGCCAGCAGACACGGAGCUGCCCCCUGCAGGCCAGUUGGGACCAAGGGAGGAUGAAGACGACUUCCUGCCACAGACAGAGGGCAUUAUGGGAGUGAUGCCCAGCCCCUGUGAGACCAGCAUCCACAGUCCCUGCAGUGUGGGUUCACCUCCCCAAACCUUUCACUCGUUUAGCCCCUUAUGUCUCACAGCAGCAAAGUCAUCGUCAAAAGGCAGACAGACAGACUUCGGACCCACCUGAAGACGCCGACCCAGUUCACAGUCAGAGCAGGGACUUUGGGUCCUGAGAUCAGGAACGGGAACCACUGCUCUGGACACAUUUAUAAAGUGUCGCAGCUGCUUUAUGUUUCACUCAAGUCCAGGAUUCAGUUCUUGGGUCUGGCUGUAAAAGUGAUCAUUGAUGUCUGUCCAGCUGUGUUUUUGUGUUUAAAUUUAAUUCUGAUCACCUUGUUGAGAUUUGACAGUAAACAGCUCUGAGUCGUUUAUGAUUUGAGGUCAAAGGUGACCACUGUGGAGCUCUCCUGAGGUGUGUAACGACGCCACCAUGUGUUUCAGUGACAUGUAAAGCUACAAGUAUUUCCUGUAUGUGUGCCGUGGCAGCAGCAGCUGGCGUGCUAACGUUAGCAUCCAAAUAGAUUGUGAUUGUUUGUGGAAGUUGUUGACAAACGUCGUGUAAAUGAAAUGGAUUCGCUCACGUGUGCCUGCUGUCCUCCAGACUGGAUGAGAUGUCAGGUUUUACUUUUUUAUUCAGAAUUUGAAUUGGUUUCUUUACCUCUUUUUUUUUUUCUUUUUUUUUUAGUUAUACAAAUUAUUCAGUUUCAGAUCAGUUUAUUUAUAAAGCAUCUAAUCACAACAUACAGAGCAUCCGGAAAGUAUUCACAGCGCCACAUAUUUUCCACAUUUUAUGUUAUAGCUGUUGGAAUGUUCCAUGACACAGGUCCAAAUGGCCUCAGACCACUUAAUGUUACCAACUGGAUUUGACCUGACUGCUUUACGUACAGUCAGGACGCACAGCCAGAUGUCAUCAUUUGCGUGCAGUCUAACUAAUAAAACCAAGUGCUUCAUAUCUGUCUGGGACAAACUUGGGCUCCAUGAAACGUUCGGUUAUUGCUCAUCACAUGACACAAACACAUUCAUUACAAAGUGUUGAUGUAACACAUGCGGCCUAAACAAACAACACAGUUGCGUCAUCCGCUUACAACGUCGAUGCACCAGUGUUUUGCAGUCAGUCAUAGCUGCUCUGAUACACGGCAGGGAAAAGAGUCACUGCUUUAGUGACUCUGUUCAUCAGUGUAGGCAUCU